GCGGAAGGGACCCCGGUACCGGUUGGGUGCGUCGCGAGACUUCUGGUUCUGCGAAGCUUUGCUGGGAAGAGGUGGCGGCGGGGGGCUGCUGCUCUGGUGAGCGAUGGCGGCGGGGGGGAAGGCCGUGUCCCCUCCCUACCCGCACCCGGGCGUGAUCGGGGAGAGCAGCCUGAGCAGAGUCAGUUUUCUGGGGGCUCGUUCGCCCCCGGAGGUGGAAGCGAUGGCUAAGAGUGUUCGGGACCUGGGCAAAGAAACCUUCCGGAAACUACUGAAAGUCACCGUUAGUGCGUUAGAAGGAAGAGACUGCAGAGAGUCUGUGAAAACUAUUGCUGAAAGCACCAAUCUCUCAGAUGAGCAGCUCGCGAUCCUCAUAUCUGGCAUGUAUACCCUUCUCAGAGAGGCCUUGAGGCUUCCAGCUUCCUCUCUGAAAGAAGAGGUUUUUAAAGAAGAUCUGAAGGAGCUUAGGAUCCCAGAAGAAUUCAUUGUGGACUUUGCCACCGUAGCCUUUGGAAAUAGGCGACCCAUUCUUGAAGCCACAAUUCAGAGUCAAGCCAACAAGCUGCCCAGAAUCAAAGAUUUCAGGUGGAGAGUGGAUGUGGCUAUCUCUACCAGCUCCUUGGCUCGUGCCUUGCAGCCAUCCAUCUUGAUGCAGAUGAAGCUUUCAGAUGGGACAGCUCAUCGCUUUGAAGUACCCCUUGCAAAGUUUGAAGAACUAAGAUACAAUGUUGCCUUGAUCCUGAAGGACAUGAAUGACCUGGAGAAAAGAAGCAUUCUAAAGAUUCAGGACUGAACAUUUUCUGAUACUUUGGCAGUAUUUUAAGAGGUCAAGAAAACAAAAUCAGGAACUCUUGUUUUGUAAUUACAUGUAUUGUACUAUAACCUCUUUGAAACCUGCUGUAAUUUUUUUUUCAUUUCAUGUGUUGAAAGUUGCUGUUGGAUUGUUUUCCUUAUUUUUCUUCUGAUCCUACAUAUAAACAAAAAUGGCAUUAUGCCUGUUGAGCA